CUGUCUGUCUCUGCCCUAGCCACGGCGCGUGCGCCCGAAUAACAGCUACCCACCCUCAACCCACCAAACGUACAGCCUCUUCACCAGCACACCUACGUUUACCUUCGUUACGCAAUUCUCAUCUCAACGUCAAGCGCGCCGCACCUGCCGCACGAUAUCAAUUACCGCCGUACUCAGCCACCGCCGUACUCAGCCACUGCCGGAGGACCGUUCCACGAUGCACACCGUUCCGAGCCAGAAAACCGAACCGAUCUCGAUCGAAAAAAACGCUGCCGAACAGAACGAGACCGGACAAAGCUCGACCGGACAGAACGAGGACGGAUGGAGUUGGACCGAACAGAACGCGACCGGACAGGGCGAGACCGAACAGGACGAGACCGGACAAAACGAGACCGGAAAGGACAAGAACGAACAGGACGAGACCGGACAGUACGAGACCGGACAAAACGAGACCGGAAAGGACGAGAACGAACAGGACGAGACCGGACAAAACGAGACCGAACAAUACGAGAACGAACAGGACGAGAGCGGACAAAACGAGACCGGGCAGGACGAGACCGAAAGAUACGAUACUGAACAGAGGUACAUCAUCUUUGAUUUGUUGGAAAUGAUGUUUGGCAACCAUUGGUUCACAGUGAUGGUCGUUUUAGUAUUCUUAGCGUCAAUUCCGAUGAUCUCCGUCUACUUUACUAUGGUACGUGCAGCGGCCAAUCAGCUCGAAUUCCUGUACAACCUCGCCUACGACCAAUGGUACGACGCGGUGCACUUUAUAUUAUACCACUGCCACGUAAUAUUCAUCUGCGUGUUCGUGUUUAUCACGUUGACAAUGCUCGCCUAUGCCGUGGGGCUGACGACAAAUAAUAAUUAUGGUAUCCAAAUUCAUAUACAUUUCAAUAAAACAAAUGAGUAUCAUAACGAGAAUGAGGACGAGAAUGUUAAUGAAAUCGAGAAUAUUGAGAAUGUCGACGAGAUUGAGAAUGAGGACGAGAAUGUUAAUGAAAUCGAGAAUAUUGAGAAUGUCGACGAGAUUGAGAAUGAGGACGAGAAUGUUAAUGAAAUCGAGAAUAUUGAGAAUGUUAACGAGAUUGAGAACGAGAAUGAGAAUGAAAAUGAGGUUGAGAAUAAUGUGACCUAGUAAGCGUAUUUUUGAUUUUAAUAUUUUAUUAAUCUGUAGACGUAGAUAUUAGUAGGUGUGUAAAGCACGUCUCCGAUCGACCGUCUCGCGACCCGCUGGACGUCAACAUUUCAUUUUGUUCGCACAGUUUUCGAUCGGAGACAGCUUACCACAAUAAUUGCUUGUUAUUAAAUUGUGAUAUAAUUCGACAGUAGCACUUUUUUAGCGUGACGUUUUUACCCGUUCGUUUAAGAAUAUACAUAUAUAAUAUAUAUCUCGUAGGGAAGACAAUUUUUUUUCUGAAAAGCUUUUGCUUACGGCACAUUGAUGGUUUUUACUAAGGUGUUUUACAAAAACAAACACAACAUUUUUCAAAACCGCAAUAACUAUAGUUAUUACAAAACUUAUAUUUUAUUAAUUAUCUGAUCACCCUCGCGCCCUAUCAUUUUAAAUUACAAAAACGGUUAUUAACGUCACGCCUAGUUAUUUACA